GCCGACAUUCAAAGUGGUGUAUUGACAGUUGAACUGCUUUGUCUUCAGACAGUGUGCUUGUCUGCAGUUUGUGAAUGCCUUCGGUUGUGUUCAGACAGUUCAGUCUGAGAACUGGUGUGGUUGCCUGUGAUUUCUGCAUGCUUUCGGCCAGUGUAAAAUUCUGAAGCCGUUGUCUGAGUGGGGGAGAUCCCAUGUACGUACGUGUUGCAGUGUUGCCUUUCUGUACCGACGUGUUGCAGUGCUGCCUUUCUGUACCGACGUGUUGCAGUGUUGCCUUUCUGUACCGACGUGUUGCAGUUUUGCAUUUCUGCUGUGGGUGUAAGGAAUGAUGAGGUGACUGUUCUUGUUGCUGCUUUGCAACUGAUAGUGGUCUGGGCAGUGUGUUUUCCUAAACACUUGUUGGAUAGCUUUUGGAAAUGGGUACUGCAUCUUUUGUAGUAACCGAUCCAGGUGCUUGCCGACUGUAGUAUUUGCUGUAUUUCAGUAUUGCCAAAUGGUUAUCUUUGCUCAUCUAGUACGAUCUUUUCACAACCUACAGCUGCUCGGCAAAAAACCGAUGCAAUAGCUUGAGUGGAUCGCUGAGCUGGUAGAAUGGAGUUAAAUGGACACAAUAGCUUUACCGGAUUGCUGAAGAGGGAUGGUACGGUAUAUGAAAGUGGCAUGUGUCCUACACGUAGUACAACAGGUGCUCUUUCGGAUGUGGCAGUGUUUGUCGGUUCCGUUGGCGGCCAGGGAACAAGUCGAGACACCAUGAUCACUGCAUUGGCCAGAUGGUGUGAGAAUCGUGAACCGAGCGAGAGCAUGUGGAGGUGGUGCCACCCUUUGGUUUCUUACGAUUGGCGUUGACAUGGCGUGAUGAGCAGCAAGUUGGAAAUUUCGGGAAGAAGGUAUUUGUCAGAUAAUUUCUGCUGAGGAAGGACUCCAGGGUGCAUGAGAUACGGAUUGCAGGAUCGUGACAGUUCCCGAACGUGAACUGGCAAACGUCAUCCAGUUACGAUCGCAAAACCGAUACCGCAAUGUCACCACGUCUCGCUUUGGAUGCACACUCGGUACUGCAUGUAGUGACAAAACAAUGUCAACAUGACGUACACUGGAUGGGAAGCUCCAGAUUCGGUCGGACCAGAUUCGGACGGCAAGGUAUGAAUGUCAAAGUCUCAAGUUUGACCAAGCAUUACGGAUAUAAUAUGGACUUGGACUUUUAUGCUACUGCUGGUAGUUUAUCUACUUGAUGGUAUCAGUGCGCCACGAGGGAUGGGGUUGAUCACAAAAGGCACUGUGUCGCUGAUGAGGUUGCUUGCUCAAGGCAUUGUGUGACUGUGAUGGGGUCGGUUCCCUCAAGUUACUCUGUGGCCGUGAUGGGCUGGCCCCUUUAAACCCUGUGCUUAAGUGGAAUUUCAUCUGCUUGUGGAACUGUGGAGGCUUCUUAUCCCUGCGACACUGAUGCCUUGCUUACUGCGGAACGUCAGAGCAAAAGGACUUCAUCCAGAGAUAUACCUGGUUUGAUGUCGAGUCUUUACAACUAAUUGUUCUCUGGUCGUUUCGUAUGGAAACCAACAGCAUCGUUUCAAUUUUUCACGCAUGGAGCAUGUUUGGCACAUGCCCACUUCUGCACACAACUGUUAUCAGUGUGGUGAGCACCAAAAAUAAAAUGUAUAUGUCGCU